AUGGGCCGACUCCCAUUGAGCGGGUACUGCCUGACCUGCCGAAAGAGACGAGUCAAGUGUGAUGUACCUGCAGACAAGGGUCGCCCUAACUGCGGCCGUUGCAUUUCUUCUGGUCACACCUGCGGCGGCUACGAGCUCCCCUUGCGCGUGAAGGCGCUUGGUGUCCAUGCAGAACACGACGGGACGCGGCGACUGGUGAAGAUCUCAACGUCACAGCCUUCUACCAGUCGGACGCACUGGCCACUGGUACUAGUGCCGUCUCCCAACCUCGCAUUACCCCUCCACCGCGACCAUCAGCAUACCUCCUCGCCGUACUUUUUUGCGAAAUACAGCUGGGGCCCGUUGUGGCGGCCGCUCAUUCUGUCUGUCACUACGAGCGAGUUCCCCGAGGUCAAUAGAGUCUGUUUCCGUGCCAUCACGUAUGCAUACACGGGUAUUAGCCGCGGAGACACCGCCCUGACGGCCAGAGGGCGCGCCCUCUACGGCCAAGUCUUGCGCGAAGUUCAGUCUUUGCUGCUUGAAGGUUCCAAACUGCGACUUGCUGAGCUCUGCUCUACGAUGGUACUGAUGGAUAUAAUGGCGGGAUCCGCGCCUCCCCAUCAUGUCGGUAUCGCCAACAUUCUACGGCACUGCGGUCCAGAAAUUUUUCAGGAUGAAAAGCUCCUCGUCUUGUAUCGAUCGUGCCGGGUUUUGCUUCAAAAGCGUUGCUUUCUUGAGGAGGAGCCUUGGAAGAUAGUCCCAUGGCAACAAGUACCAAAGACCUUCGAGGAUCGUCUAAUGGACAUCAUCGUCGAUCUCCCCGGUCUAGCCGAAGCUGUGGCCGACCCACACAAACGAGCUGCUAGCCUGGACAAGAUCCAGGUAUUGUCCGUGGCGCUACAGGUUUGGCGCUGGGACUGGCACAGCGUCCACUCGGGUUCUGUACGUAUGGUGCGGCACGCCGACAAUCCCUCAGAGCCUGGCAAUCCAGAGAUGAUUCCGUUUAUGGUCAACCCACAAAAGGUGCCUUUCUUGGUCAGCCUGAUACGGCAAGCCCACUUGGAAUUCGAAUCGCCGCGUUUGGCACUCGACAUCCUCUACUACAACGCGGCUUUGCUUUACCUGAUGCAGCUCGAGGCCGUUGCUCACGGCCAACCACCACAGCAACGUGAACACCUGUCGCUUGAAGAUGAGAGAUACGUGCGUCUUCAGGGCGCAGCGUUAAUGGUCCGCGGCGCCAACCCGCUUCUUCUCCCGGGAAAGGCCAAGUUCCGCUGCCAGGCCGCGGCCGAGGCGUUCAUGACGCUCUCUUGUACCACGCGGCUGCUUGGCACCACACCGACGGGGGAGACGGUGGUGACACCGAUGGUCAUUGGCAUUAUUUACUGGGUUCUGCGGGAGCAGCUGCAGCUGGGCGAGGACGGCUUGGCGUCGCUGCUUUCGAAACACGCCUUCUUUCACGACGCGGAGAGGGUGUUUGAGGGUUUCCAUGUCACCGCCCGUUGA